AUGCCAAUCUCUCCAACAACUGAGGGCGAGGCCCGAGCUGCGGUGGAACGAGCCUUGUCCUCCUCGGGGCUUCGAAAGAAGAUCAAGGCCUUUGCCUUUCAUCGUUUCCGAGCGCAGAUUCAGCAAGGUCGCGGCUGCGGCGACGCCACAGCUGCGGUGGACUGGGCGCGGCAGCAGUGGGCAGAGUUGCUCUUGCGGCAGCUGCGAGAGCUUUCGAAGGAGCAGAAACAACCCUUCCUUCGUCGACGGCCCAAGCCGCUCUCGCUGUCGAAGGAUCCAAGUCAAGCAGAGGAGGUGAGCACGCGCCAUAUCGUGGACCUCAAGGCGCUCUUCAGCUUGCAGCUUGGACGGUAG